GCCGCCAUCUUCGCGCGCGCGCGCGCUCUAACCCCGCCCCCAGACGCCAUGCCCACGUGACCGCUCGCCCCCGGAUCGGGAGCGUGGGCGGGGAUUUCAUCACGUGACGUUGCCGCGGGGCAGUGCCAAGAUGGCGAGGCCCAAAGAGGUGAGGAGCCGGCAGCGGGGGCGGCUGUAACUGAGAGGAAGGCGGCAGAGUGGCGACGUCUACGCCGUAGGUUGGAGGCUGUGGGGGGUGGCCGGGCGCCAGCUCCCAGGCCGCAGAGAGUGACCUGUGGUGGAGUUCCCUCCUCGCUGUUGGAGAACGGAGGGAGAAGGUUGCUGGCCGGGUGAAAGUGCCUCCCUCUGCUUGGCGGGGCUGAGGGGCCCGAAGUCUAGGACAUCCGUAGUCACCCCGGCCUCCGUGAAGCCCCAGGUCUAGAGACAUGACCCGAGAGUGCCCAUCGCCGGCCCCGGGGCCUGGGGCUCCGCUGAGUGCAUCGGUGCUGGCAGAGGCGGCAGUAGUGUUUGCAGUGGUGCUGAGCAUCCACGCAACCGUAUGGGACCGAUACUCGUGGUGCGCCGUGGCCCUCGCAGUGCAGGCCUUCUAUGUCCAAUACAAGUGGGACCGGUUGCUACAGCAGGGAAGCGCCGUCUUCCAGUUCCGAAUGUCCGCAAACAGUGGCCUACUGCCCGCCUCCAUGGUCAUGCCUUUACUUGGACUAGUCAUGAAGGAACGGUGCCAGGCUGCUGGGAACCCGUUCUUUGAGCGUUUUGGCAUUGUGGUGGCAGCCACUGGCAUGGCAGUGGCCCUCUUCUCAUCAGUGUUGGCGCUUGGUAUCACUCGCCCAGUGCCAACCAACACUUGUGUCAUCUUGGGCUUGGCUGGAGGUGUUAUCAUUUAUAUCAUGAAGCACUCGCUGAGCGUGGGGGAGGUGAUCGAAGUCCUGGAAGUCCUGCUGAUCUUCGUUUAUCUCAACAUGAUCCUGCUGUACCUCCUGCCCCGCUGCUUCACCCCUGGUGAGGCAUUGCUGGUAUUGGGUGGCAUUAGCUUUGUCCUCAACCAGCUCAUCAAGCGCUCUCUGACACUGGUGGAAAGUCAGGGGGACCCAGUGGACUUCUUCCUGCUGGUGGUGGUAGUAGGGAUGGUACUCAUGGGCAUCUUCUUCAGCACUCUCUUUGUCUUCAUGGACUCAGGCACCUGGGCCUCUUCCAUCUUCUUCCACCUCAUGACCUGUGUGCUGAGCCUUGGUGUGGUCCUACCCUGGCUGCACCGGCUCAUCCGCAGGAACCCCCUGCUCUGGCUUCUUCAGUUCCUCUUCCAGACAGACACCCGUAUCUACCUCCUAGCCUAUUGGUCUCUGCUGGCCACAUUGGCCUGCCUGGUGGUGCUGUACCAGAAUGCCAAGCGGUCAUCUUCCGAGUCCAAGAAGCACCAGGCCCCCACCAUCGCCCGAAAGUAUUUCCACCUCAUUGUGGUAGCCACCUACAUCCCAGGUAUCAUCUUUGACCGGCCACUGCUCUAUGUAGCUGCCACUGUAUGUCUGGCGGUCUUCAUCUUCCUGGAGUAUGUGCGCUACUUCCGCAUCAAGCCCUUGGGUCACACUUUACGGAGCCUCCUGUCCCUUUUUCUGGAUGAACGAGACAGUGGACCACUCAUUCUGACACACAUCUACCUGCUCCUGGGCAUGUCUCUUCCCAUCUGGCUGAUCCCCAGACCCUGCACACAGAAGGGCAGCCUGGGGGGAGCCAGGGCCCUCGUCCCCUAUGCCGGUGUCCUGGCUGUGGGUGUGGGUGAUACUGUGGCCUCCAUCUUUGGUAGCACCAUGGGGGAGAUCCGCUGGCCUGGAACCAAAAAGACUUUUGAGGGGACCAUGACAUCUAUAUUUGCGCAAAUCAUUUCUGUAGCUCUGAUCUUAAUCUUUGACAGUGGAGUGGACCUAAACUACAGUUAUGCUUGGAUUUUGGGGUCCAUCAGCACUGUGUCCCUCCUGGAAGCAUACACUACACAGAUAGACAAUCUCCUUCUGCCUCUCUACCUCCUGAUAUUGCUGAUGGCCUAGCUGUUACAGUGCAGCAGCAGUGACAGAGGAAACAGACAUGGGGAGGGCAAACAGUCCCCACAGCAGACAGCUACUUGGGCAUGAAGAGCCACGGUGUGAAAAGCAGAUUUGAUUUUUCAGUUGAUUCAGAUUUAAAAUAAAAAUCAAAGCUCUCCUA